GCACUGUUGUCUUUGGGAAAGGCAUCGCUUGGAGAAGGUUGGCUGUAAAUGUGUGUCCCUGUGACCGGCACUGGACUGUCACCGUCAAAGUGCCCUCCUGCACCCGCUGAGAGUCCCUGGAAGCCACCUGCUGUGCCUCUGGGAUGGUGUGACCUCCAGCCAGCUGUUGGCCGCCCCACAUCUGGGUCAAGAUGCCGGUGAUGAAGGGCCUCCUGGCCCCUCAGAACACCUUUCUGGACACCAUCGCAACACGCUUCGAUGGCACCCACAGUAACUUCCUGUUGGGUAACGCCCAGGGCCACCGAGGUUACCCCAUCGUCUACUGCUCAGAUGGCUUCUGUGAACUGACGGGCUUCACAAGAACCGAGGUGAUGCAGAAGAACUGCAGCUGCCGCUUCUUGUACGGGGCUGACACCAGUGAGCACGUGACCCAACAGAUGGUGAAGGCUCUGGAGGGCAAAGAGGAGUACCAGGCCGAGGUCCACUUCUACAAGAAGAAUGGUGCGGCCUUCUGGUGUUUUUUAGACAUCGUGCCCAUAAAGAACGAGAAGGGCGAAAUGGUCCUCUUCCUCUUCUCGUUCAAGGACAUCACUGAUACCUAUGGACGGGGUCACCACAACAGCAAGAAGGAGGGUUCAGACGACAAGAGGCGCAGGAGGAAGAGCGGUUCUCACUUUAGCGAGGCCAGGAAGCGUGGACGCACCAUGUUGUACAAUCUGACCAGCCAGUUCUCAAGAGGAGGCAAGAGAGAGGUCAACCUGGGUGGUAGCAUGAUUGACAAGCCUUCGAUGCCAGAGUACAAGGUGGCAACAGUUCAGAAGUCGCGCUUCAUUCUGCUCCACUACAGUGUGUCCAAAGCCCUCUGGGACUGGCUCAUUCUGCUGGCCACCUUCUAUGUUGCUGUCACCGUGCCCUACAAUGUCAGCUUCACGCCGUACGAUGACACGGUCACAGCUGCACGCUCCACCAUCGUCAGCGACAUCGUAGUGGAAAUGCUGUUUAUUAUAGACAUUAUCCUGAACUUCCGCACUACCUAUGUGAGCCAGUCAGGGCAGGUGGUGUAUGAGUCGCGCUCCAUCUGGAUUCACUAUGCCACAACCUGGUUCUUCGUGGACUUGGUGGCUGCCCUGCCCUUUGACCUGCUGUAUGCCUUCAACAUCACAGUGACUUCCUUGGUCCACCUCCUCAAGACUGUACGCCUGUUGCGCCUCCUUCGUCUGCUUCAGAAGCUGGAUCGCUACUCCCAGUACAGCUCCAUGGUGCUGACCUUACUGAUGUCUGUGUUUGCCCUGCUGGCACACUGGAUGGCCUGCAUUUGGUACAUGAUUGGACGCAAGGAGCUAGAGACCAAUGAGAGCUGGGACAUUGGGUGGCUGCAUGAGCUGGGCAAACGUCAGGAGACGCCCUACAUCAACAGCACAGUGGGCGGCCCGACGGUGCGCAGCUCCUACAUCGCUGCCCUUUACUUCACCCUCAGCAGCCUGACCAGUGUAGGCUUCGGCAAUGUCUGUGCCAACACCGAUGCUGAGAAGAUCUUCUCCAUCUGCACCAUGCUUGUCGGCGCGCUGAUGCACGCCCUGGUCUUUGGUAACGUGACGGCCAUCAUCCAGCGUAUGUACUCACGGCGCUCUCUCUACCACACACGCAUGAAUGACCUGAAGGACUUUAUCCGUGUCCACCGACUGCCCCAACAGCUCAAACAGCGCAUGUUGGAGUACUUUCAGACCACAUGGUCUGUCAACAGUGGCAUAGAUGCCAACGAGCUCCUGCACGACUUCCCUGACGAGCUGCGGGCUGACAUCGCCAUGCAUCUGAAUAAGGACAUCCUCCAGCUGCCGGUCUUUAAGGGGGCCAGUCGUGGCUGUCUGCGCUCACUCUCUCUCCAUAUAAAAACCUCCUUCUGCGUCCCUGGAGAGUAUCUCAUCCGUCAAGGCGAUGCGCUGCAUGCCAACUACUACGUCUGCUCCGGGUCUUUGGAGGUGCUGAAAGAUGGCAUGGUGUUGGCAAUAUUGGGAAAAGGGGACCUGAUUGGCUCUGACCUGCCUGGAGUAGACGAGGUGAUGAAGACCAAUGCUGACGUGAAAGCGCUGACCUACUGUGACCUCGAGUAUAUCAGUGUGCAUGGCCUGAGAGAGGUGCUGGAACUCUACCCCGAGUACGCCAGUGUGUUCUCCAGCGACAUCCAUAACAACCUCACCUACAACCUGCGUGAAGGCAGCCAGGAGGAGGGCUUCAGCAGGUUCUCAAGCUCACCCAGGCUUUCACACGAACCCAGGCUCCCCUCCAUCGUGGAAACAAAAGGGGACAACCCAGACGACUCCUUCCACCUCUCUCCAGCGAGCCGCUCCCGUCGCAACCUCCAGCUGCCCAGCUUCAGCAGCCCUGUUCGGCGUACCUCCCUGGGGAACCUCCUGGGGGACGAGCUGCGGCAGUUCAACACCCUGCGACGCUGCCGUUCACCAAACCUCAGCCGUAGCCUCCAUGGGCAAAACCCAUCCCCUCUGCCACAAUCGAAAAAAGACCACAGCAUCCCUACUGUCACCCUGGCCUCAACUUCAGCCCAGGGAGAGUCAGGGGCUGAGCAAAAGCCUUCAAAGCUGCUUAUUCCAACUGUCACCUGCUUUGGACCUCCAGAUCUUAGUCCCAGGGUUGUAGACGGCAUCGAAGACAAUGGGCACACGUUCCAUUUCAACGUGGAGCACAGCGGGCCUAAAGCCAGUACAGGAGGCAGUACCCAAGACUCCGCACAGGCUAAUGCCACUCUGCUGCAGGAGACAGAGGAGGUCAGACACAGCGUCAGUCAGCUCAACCACAAGUUGGGCACAUUAAACCAGGAAGUAUCUGAGCUCACCAAAGGCCUGCACCACAUGAUGCAUCUCCUCCAGGCUCACGUAUCUGUGCAGCACAAACCCUCCACCCCCUCGUACCCGUAUGGUGUCCAAAUGGUGUCCAACCCUACAGGCUACAGCCACCAAAACGUCCCACCCACUGGCCACUGGAGCUAUAGUGCAGCCGCUGAACCCCAAACAGAACACCACCACCGGCCUCAAUCCUGUAGUCCACCUGCUAACUCCUGUUCGUCCCUCCCUGUAGACUCUGCACCCAGGUUAGACCCGUGUCACGGCUCUGAGAGCGUGACACAUCUGUGGAGCAGCCCAUCUCUUCUUAGCAUUAUCCCAGACUUCCAGGAUGGAAGUGCAGGCCUCGCACAUCAUGCUGGGCAUGAAGACUCUGGCAACAGACCUCUCAGUGCUAGCCCAAACACCAUCAGCCAGUCCCAGCCCACUUUGUGCCUGCAGUCCGGUGCCCCUACAGGUAUAUCCACACACAGCCUGCUGGACUCGUCACCCACUUCUUACCCCCAUCUCAGUCUGCCCUCUGACUCCCGUCUCAGCUUAUCACAAGCCAGACAUGAGGACAUUUGUGCUCUGAUGUCUGCCCCACCAUCUCAUAAUCUGAUCCAGGACGCUUCCAUCUUCCAAAUGGAGGACUCACGCCCCUCAAUCCACUCAGUGUCUGCCUCCUUACCCACAUUGCCAGACCAACCUCUUGGAUCUACCCUGGAUUCAGGAUCACUGCGAUCGGAUGUUCUCCAGCCCCACCUUCCCCUGGGUGACCCAUCUGCCAUAGAACACACCAGUCUGGAGUGCCUAUUGGGGAACGGGGGCUCUAUGGAGAGCAGGGACAGUGAAAGCGCGUCGUCACGAAGGUCCAGCAUUGGCGCCCAGACUCAGAGCACAGAGCAGUCGUGGUCUUUGGACCUCACAGAUUAAACUGUACACAUUUCAGGGGCAGACUCACUGUUUCACUGCAACCGGACGAAAAAGUUAUUAACAUGCAACUGUUGACAGUGUUUAAAGAGACUCUGCUGGAGAUUGUCAAUGUGUGCUGUAUUUCUCCCUCUUAAUUCCUGGGCUCUCAUAUUUGUCAAACUCCAUGCAACUGACACCAUUUCUAUGCAAAAGCAUGUCAUUUGUGCAUUAUCUUGGCUUUACAGAAUUGUGUCCUUUUUAAAAAAAAAAGAAAAAAAAAAGCAAUUAAAGAAACAUUCCACAGCGGUGGGUUCCAGUAUAUACUGUAUAUUUUUUCCAGCAUCCUCAGAGCAAUUUGCAGUUGAUAAUACCUGUUACCUCCUUGCAUGGUAAAGUUGUUUAUUCUUUUUCCUAAGGAAAAGGUUUCCAAAUCAAUGUGUAAGCAUUCUACAUGACAACCUGUUGAUUGUGCACACAGAUACUGUAUUUGUAAGGCAGACAGGUCCGAUUGAUGGGUGUUUUAAUAUACAGAGGAACAAAAAAA